UGACACAGAAUGUUCUGAUAUUCUGUGACUUUGACGUAACGUAAAUUCAAUUUCCGUCAACGAGUUUCCGUUUUGCAUCCUUAUUCUUUUGUGUUCAUAUUCCAAGAUGCCUCCCAAAAAGGAUUCCAAAUCCAGUGCUAAACAACCACAAAAAACUCAAAAGAAGAAGGAGGGUUCUGGUGGUGGCAAAGCGAAAAAGAAGAAGUGGUCUAAAGGAAAAGUACGUGACAAGCUAAAUAACCAAGUACUUUUUAAUAAAGAUACUUAUGAUAAACUCUACAAAGAAGUACCAUCCUAUAAGUUGAUCACCCCGUCUGUAGUCUCUGAACGUUUGAAGAUUCGUGGCUCACUCGCAAGGAGAGCUCUUAUCGAGUUACAACAAAAAGGAUUGAUUAAACAAGUUGUACAGCAUAGGGCACAGCUGAUCUACACAAGAACAACAAAAGGGGAUGAUCCAGUUGCCUAAUUUGAAGAUAGAAUGUAUCUUGUAAAAUAAAAACCAAAAAAAAAUGAA